AAGUCCCCGGUAGCUAGCGUUAGCACCCAGGCCAGCUAAUAUAGCCUACUGUAGGCCACGAAAAGCUUGUUUUUUUAACUUGCGGCUGUGAUAUGGUUAUGUUACUGUAAGUGUGUAACCUUGCUUUUCGUAUGCCGCAAGCUACCUUUCAAUACUCUUGACUUUCUGUGACAGUUUCAUGAACAGCUACGGUUAGCUCAGCUAGUUAAGCUACGCGGUUUACCAGCGCAUCACAGGUAGCCGACUGGAGGCUAACGUUAUGUCAUUCUGCUGUGUUUGACAGCUUGUGUUGCUAUUUAUUAAGCAGCCAACGUAUUACUUACGUUGCUUAGCGAUGUUACCGAUUAACGACAUGUUAGUUAGAGAGCGUGAUAGCUGUCGUGAAGCAGUAUUUAACACUCUUUUUGUCUGUCAUUUGCAUGUUAUGCCUUCAGUAAGUUACUAGCUGACUUGGGCCAGUAAUGUCUCUGACGUUACCAUCUGCCGAAAUGCUUGAAACACCUCCUGGAUAUCCAUUUGAAGAAAUUAACUAUGAGGAUAUUGAAGUUGAGGAGGUGGUGGGGAGAGGAGCUUUUGGGGUGGUCUGCAAAGCCAAGUGGAAAGGCAAAGAUGUUGCAAUCAAGACCAUUGAGAGUGAAUCAGAAAGGAAAGCCUUUAUUGUUGAGCUUCGGCAGCUUUCACGUGUGAAUCACCCCAACAUUGUGAAGUUGUAUGGCUCUUGCAAUAAUCCAGUCUGCCUUGUGAUGGAAUAUGCUGAAGGAGGGUCGCUGUACAAUGUGCUGCAUGGUGCUGAACCCCUCCCCUAUUACACUGCUUCCCAUGCCAUGAGCUGGUGUUUUCAGUGUUCCCAGGGCGUGGCCUAUCUCCAUGGCAUGAAACCAAAGGCUCUCAUUCACAGGGACCUCAAGCCACCCAAUCUUCUUCUAGUGGCGGGAGGCACUGUGCUCAAGAUAUGUGACUUUGGAACAGCAUGUGAUAUUCAGACCCACAUGACCAACAACAAAGGAAGUGCAGCAUGGAUGGCCCCAGAGGUAUUUGAAGGCAACAAUUACAGCGAGAAGUGCGACGUGUUCAGCUGGGGGAUCAUUCUCUGGGAGGUGAUCACGCGCAGGAAGCCCUUUGAUGAAAUCGGAGGACCGGCUUUCCGCAUCAUGUGGGCCGUGCACAACGGCACAAGGCCGCCUUUAAUCAAGAAUUUACCCAAGCCCAUUGAGAGCCUGAUGACUCGCUGCUGGUCUAAAGACCCCUCUCAGCGGCCUUCCAUGGAGGAGAUAGUGAAGAUCAUGACUCAUCUAAUGAGGUACUUUCCAGGAUCUGAUGAACCGCUACAAUAUCCAUACCAGUAUUCAGAUGAGGGACAGAGCAACUCUGCAACAAGUACAGGUUCAUACGUGGACUACACCGGCACCAGCACAAGCAACAAAAGCGACGCAAACAUGGAACACAGCGAUUCUCAAGGGAGCAAUGACACUAUCAAGAUUACGCCUCAGUUCGCACCUCACUUCAAGCCAAAGGGAGACCCAAGAACUCUGCCUCUGUCCAGAGGGGGCAGCGUGGAGAGUCUGCCUUCACGGACACAGUGUCUGGCUUCCUCAGACAGCAAAAGAAUGAGCGCUGACCUGUCAGAGCUGGAGCCCAAGAUGCCAUUUGCACCUUCAGCACGUCCGCAGUAUAAACGAGGCCACCGUAAAACCGCAUCAUUCGGCACCAUUCUGGAUGUCCCCAAGAUCGUCGUCACAGCCACAUGCGAGCCUCAGAGACGUCGGUCCGUGCAGGAUCUGCCGGGCAUCGGCACAGAGUCCAGCCAGGGGAGCAGGAACAGCAGCCGAUCCUCCAGUCCUAGUGUGAGGAUGAUGCCUGAUAAGACAAGCAACAGAGGCUACUACUCCCCUGAUGACCCCUCAGACACCAAUGGCUCAGACAACUCCAUUCCCAUGGCUUAUCUGACCCUGGAUCACCAGCUGCAGCCUCUCACUCCUUGUCCCAACUCCAAAGAGUCCAUGGCCGUGUUUGAGCAGCACUGCAAAAUGGCCCAAGAAUACCUGAAAGUGCAAACAGAGAUCGCCCUGCUGAUCCAGAGGAAGAAGGAGCUCAUCGCCGAACUGGACCAAGACGAGAAGGACCAGCAGAACACGUCCCGUCUGGUGCAGGAGCACAAGAAGCUGCUGGAGGAGAACAAGAGUCUGUCUACGUACUACCAGAAGUGCAAAAAACAGCUGGAGCUGAUCCGGGUCCAGCAACAGAAGAGACAGGGCACGUCCUGAUCAGACUCCCCGCCCCCCACCCCUAAUAUACAGACACAUGAACUGCUACCACUCCACCCCCCCUCCACCACCACCCCACACCUGCACUAUAAACAUAACACUACCCACUCUCAUGCUCUGCUCCAUCCACACACACACACACACACACACACACACACAAGGACUCCAGCUUUGUAAAGAGACCUGCAUUCUACUGUGUCCUGCAUGUUGCAUUGUAGACCACCCCCCCCCCUCCUCCAUGACAUCCUCUGUACAUAUAUUUGCACAUCUUCACAGAGUUUUCUGUGACUGCAGACCAAACAAUCACUGCCCCCAUGCUCCACCACCCACACCCUUCCCAAAGACCCCCGCCGCUGUGCUUACAGGACACACCUCUCCUCCUCCUCCUGCAGACCCCCAGCAGCGGCGUGCGCGUGGGCGGAGCGCCAUGACGGCAGAUCGGUGAGGGUGGGUCGUGCUUAUGUGUGUUUCUACACGUUGCUCUCAGGACCUCUGGGCUGUCCGGUCAGUGCGCGCAACCCCUCCCACCCCCCCUCUGACGGACCGAUUCACCCUCUCAGUGGCCUCCAGAAUGUGAAAAACAAAACAAAACAAAAGACGGCUCUUGAGCAAAAAGUGUGAAUCAUAUGCAGAUGAGGACGUUUGAACUACAGUGAGUGCGUGUGGAAUCCCUGUUAUGCAAAACACACACACACACACACACACACACACACCUAUGAAAUCAUGUAUUUAUCUCCAACCCCCCCCCCCCCUCCAUACACACACACACACACAGACACUCACUCACUCCUUUUUUUUUUCUAGGCGUGAGAGCACACCUGUUUACUUCCUCAAGGUGUUUUGAUGUAUUGAGUGGAGAGCGGGACACACACACACACACACACACACAACUAGCUUCCACAGCAAAAAGCAGGAGCAGAGGAUUCCCUAAAAAGAAAAAAAAACUUUUUAUUUCGACUUCAGUAUUGUUUUUGCGUGUAGAUGUUUUUUUUUGUCUUUUCUAUUCAGUAGUUCACUCUGUAUGAUAGCUGUUGUGUCAUUUUUGCAUUAGGACAUAUUUUCUCUGGUAACAGAUAAAAUAGAGGAGCCUAUACCUCUCUAUACAGUAUCUAGUUUGUUUUUAGUUCACAUGUUGCCUUAGAAGUUGCCUGCAUUUUAAGUGCUUGACUUUGUUUUAUGUGACAUUUUAGCGGGGUUAAAAGCUUCCAAAAAAAAAAGACAAAAAAAAAGAAAAAGAGAGAGAUAUUUUUAAUGUAACGGACAUUGAAUGAAGUUAGAUUCUUCUUUUCCUGUCGGGAGUGAGAAGGAUGUUUGUCAGUAAGCUGAUCAUGUAAAUGUUUCCCCCCUCCUCAAGCUUUUACAUCCAAAAUAAUGACUAAAAAAAAAAAGAAGGAUUGGAUGUGAUGGGUGUUUUUUUUUUUGUUCGUUUGUUUUGUUUUCUUCUUGGUCUCAUAUCCCUCAAGUAUUUUUGCACAAUCACUUUGUUUUUGUCUGGUCAUGUACAAAUUUUAUCUCUCAUUUAAGCAAUUCUGUUUUGUUUGUUUUUUGUUUUUUUUGUUGUUUUUUUUAAAAGUGAGAGAUGUGACAAGUCCCACUUUUAAAACGUGUUACUGUACAGGAGGGGAAGGUUCAGUCGGUUCCUCUCCUGAGUUCUCUGUUCACUAAGAAUUCAUUUACCAAACUCACCACACUGUUGGAGUGUUUCCUAUGCUGUUGGGAAAUGAAGUACAGUUGAAGACAGUGAGCAAGGCAUUAUGAAUAAACUGAAUAGUGAAAAGAUGCAGUGAGUGUUUCUAUUGGAUGCAUGGACAGUAUUUUGUGUCAUUAUUUAUUGCUACCUAACCAAACACGCAAGUUUCAUUAGUAUAGCUUCAUGUGUGCAGCAACUAAAACACAUUUCCAAGCAAUUAAAUCAGUAAUCUCUAGAAAUAUGAACAUCACUGUCAGUACAUGCUGUAUUACUCAGGAAUGGCGUUAUUGCUUUUCUGACUGUCAUGUUUGAUGAUUUAAACGCUUCUUUUCAAUGUUUGUCAAAAGUUCAAUUAAACUUAAUUUGUCC